AUGUCGGCGGCGGAGGGCGGCUGGGACGGGAAUCGGCGGCGGGGGGGCGCUGGAGGCAGCGGCUCGGGCGGAGGGUGCAGCGGGGACGGGCCCGGGGCGGUGCCGGCCGGGGGGCUCCUCAACCGCUUCGUCCAGCUGCCGAGCAGGCCCCACCUGGCAGGCUCUAAGAAGAAAAUACGAUUGGUCCUAAUUAGACGCUUCCCUCGGUCUCGUCCCAUCCUAAAGGUCCGUAAGAGGUCUUUCAGAGCAGGUCACCGAGCCCCACCAGCAAGGAGCGGCCAUCGUUGUGUAGCAGAUAAUGCUAAUCUGUACGUGUUCGGCGGGUAUAACCCGGACUACGAUGAGUCUGGCGGGCCAGAGAAUGAAGACUACCCUCUCUUCAGGGAACUUUGGCGAUAUAACUUUGCGACAGGUGCAUGGCAUCAAAUGGGCACCGAGGGCUACAUGCCUAGAGAACUAGCAUCCAUGUCACUUGUGUUGCACGGGAACAAUCUGUUGGUAUUUGGCGGCACUGGGAUCCCAUUUGGAGAGAGCAACGGCAACGACAUCCACGUCUGCAACGUGAAGUACAAGCGAUGGGCACUGCUCAGCUGCCGAGGGAAGAAACCCAAUCGAAUAUAUGGACAGGCUAUGGCUAUCAUUAACGGAUCCCUGUAUGUUUUUGGAGGAACAACUGGUUACAUUUAUAGCACAGAUCUACAUAAAUUAGACCUUAACACUAGGGAAUGGAUACAACUGAAACCAAACAACAUGCACUGUGACAUGCCAGAGGAGAGGUACAGACAUGAAAUUGCACAUGAUGGUCAGAGGAUUUAUAUCUUGGGAGGUGGAACUUCCUGGACUGCUUAUUCCUUGGAUAAGAUCCAUGCAUACAACCUUGAAACAAACACCUGGGAGGAAAUUGCAACAAGACCUCAUGAGAAAAUAGGUUUCCCAGCAGCCAGAAGAUGCCACAGUUGUGUACAAAUAAAAAAUGAUGUGUUUGUCUGUGGGGGAUAUAACGGAGAAGUGAUAUUGGGAGACGUCUGGAAGCUGAAUCUUCAAACUUUCCAGUGGGUGAAACUCCCAGCUCUCAUGCCUGAACCAGUUUAUUUUCACUGUGCUGCUGUCACACCAGCUGGCUGCAUGUACGUCCACGGAGGGGUGGUCAACAUCCACGAAAACAAACGGACUGGCUCCUUAUUUAAGAUGUGGCUAGUAGUCCCCACCCUCCUGGAACUGUCAUGGGAGAAGCUGUUGGGAUUCUUCCCUCAUCUAGCAACUCUUUCCAGAUCGCAGCUUUUGCACCUGGGCCUCACACAGGGACUCAUUGAGCGAUUGAAAUGAGAGCUCUUUGCCAUUCUCACUCUGCCCUGGAAACACUAAAGAGACCCCUCCCCCAACCCUUUAUGGAUGCCGCUGCUAAGGAGACGGGAGGACCCUGCUCUCAGCGCCUUACUCAGCAAAUACAUCGGAUGCCUUUCUGUGAAUGUUGAUCUGGCGUUUAUGGAAAUCUGCUUUUUUAUUUAUGGAUCUCUCGAAACACAUCGGGAACGAAGAUGCUGUUCAGAACUCGUUCAGAACGUACAGCCACCAACCUGCUGUUAGCACAUGCCUGCAGCCUAAUAAAUGCAGGGAAGGGGCUUAGAAAUUGUGACAGCUCCUGCUUACACAUGAUGUUUAACUUAUUGUUUCUAAAGAUGCAUUUAACUGAGUAGGAGCCGCUAACGGCAGCAAUUCAACCACAUGCUGAAUGAACAGUCCAAUUCCCAUUUGCUCAUGGCAGCAUCCGUCCUCUGAAUGCCCAGACUGGCUCUGCCGCUAUAUAGCAUUCACUGCCUGAAGACUUGCAUGUGAUCAUCGUCUUUGUGUUCUGGGAGAUGGCUGGCACGUGGGAGCAGAAAACGAAGACGGCCUGCGCAGUUUAAAAUUUCGGUGCAGGGUGUAGUGGUUUUAAGCAACAGUGUAAUUGUUCCUCACCUUUUCAUAUUGAAAGUCUGCCUGGAAGGGUGGUGAAAAAUCGCCGCUUACAGACUACUGUGUAGUUUUCUCUAAACCGGUGGUGGGAAGGGGCAGUGUGUUCUGCUGAAUCUUCCCACGCUGCACUCUGAAAAAGCUAACUGAGGAAACUUACUAUAUCGAUUUUAAAGCUGUCUUUACCCUUAAGUAUGUCAUGUCCUCUGUAUUCAGGGGCUAGUCCAUCUGUGCCAACUCAACAUUCAUUACCCAAGCAUAACCUGGUAGCCUGUUUUUUGUUUUUUUUCUCUCCGGCAUUGGAAUUGUCUCUGAGCUGCCUGUCCAAUGCUUUGUUGUAUUCCUUUUGUGGGGGGCUUUUUAAACUUCUGUGGACAGUUGCUUCCGGGGAGCUGCAAAAUGAACAGCUCAUUUUUUCCACAAUGUUGUUUUAAAAACAUCCGGGGAGGAAUAGCUUGUCUCUUGCGUCGCUGUGAAUGCGGUUCGCCUUUCUGCAAAAGUGGGAAAGGAAGAGAGGUCGAUUUCCUGGGCAUCUUUCUCUUCGUGCUCCAUGUCACUGUGAACCCAGCUCCAGAGCAUGUACCUAACUGGCCGUCAACGUGGAGCAGCUGAACUAGGCAGAGGCAUUGGGUUUAAACAUAACAAUUGUAUUUCUAAGACCAUUUUUGUUAAGUGCCUUUUUUAGUAGUUUUCCAAAUGACUCUCCCCCUCCAAUGUCCAAAGCCAAUUUUAGAGGUUCUGCUUUUCUUUGAAGAGGCUGUGGUAGUUAAAUAAAUCCCAAUAACAAACCCCACAGGAUGGAUCUGAAGGCUGAUGAGUCCCUGCAGCUACUUUGUUCUCCCAGCUCUGCUGCUCAGUAACUACCUAAUAUCUGUUGUGCUGUAAGGUGCCCCAAGUUUCCUUUGCAGAUUCCCCUGCCCUGUCAUUUUAGGUCAGCGUUUUACCAUAAUUUAGCUUCUUCCUUUCAUGGGCUCAGCAAAAUAAGGGAUGUGUGGUAGCUUUUCAAAUGUAAACAUCUUUCAGUGCCUUGUAAUUCAAACCCUGUGUGUUUGCUCUGUGCUUUCAAUGCUGUUAACUGUCCUGUCUUAGCCCCCUUCAGUGCAGUUUAGCAGGAUUCUGUCAGCUGCAAAGAGAAGCUAGAUGUCUUCUGAGCCUGCAGGAUGGCUGAUCAUAUCAGAGACCUGCUUAAGACCCCCUAUGUGGUUUCUCCUUAUACCCAGGUAGGAUGCUGCUAGUGUCACUUGAUGGCCAGCAUAUUGGCCUCACGGUCUCCCAGGUUUGUUGACUAGUCUCAUCAGUCUUCAGAGGAGGAUCCCCAUGGGCAGAACGUGUUCAUCCAGGGCAUGCAACAGCAUUUCACUUCACUUUCUGUCCCGUCUCUGGGUACUAGUCUGAGCGACAACAGAUGACGCUUCCACCCACUGGCAUUGCUGCAUGCUGCUGUCUGAACGGAGAGCUCCCGAUGGAGCUGGAUGUCGGGGACCAAUAGCCAGAUAAGCUCAUCGGUAUCUAGCUGUACAGGUUCUGUGGGCAGGUGGCUGUUUUGCAGUAAUAUUGCCUAAGAUGUCGAGCUAGUGAGCCCACAGUUCCUGAGCUCCCAGUCUCUGUUCAGUGACCGAGGCUGCCGUGUGUGAGAGCUCACUAAGACGUUUGAAACUAUUCUCCUAACCCCACUUCCAGAAAGCUCUCGAGGCCUAACUCAAUGCUUCCAUCCACCUGAGACUUUCCCUUUGGCCUUAUUCUGGUGGCUCCCAUCUUCUCUUGCAAAGAUCUCACGUCUACACCAAGUCUUGGGGUCUCCCAUUUGACCAAGAGCAUCGUGUUUGAGUGGCUAUGUAGCACAAGGGCUGGCUCUUUCUUCCCGCGUCCCCGGUGCUUCUUCGCCUGAGUGCUCUUCCAUUCCUCCAGCAAUUCCGAAGGCAGCGUGAAGAGGGAUGUAGUAGAUCUGUAUACAUGCACACUCCUGCUCUAGAUGCUCUUGUCAGCUGCCUUGUGGGCUCUGCUUUAUGUUGGCCUUCCUAAGAAUGUUUGUGAUGUGCCUUGCCGAUGCCGUUCCUGACUUAAAACGGCACUGGCAGCAACACAAAUUUACCCCUGCCUCUUGCAGUCUUUGCAAUCGACUUUCACUACUGCAGAUUCUUACUUUGACUGCAGAUCUCUAAGUGCAAUAUGGUCAAUGCGACCAGAUGGCGCAUGGUAUGUAGGGUUUUGGUGAAGCUAGAACAUAGGUCCCUAAUGCACCAUGAUACUUCGGGUCAUGUUCACUUACCUCUUCUACACUAGCUCCUGGGGCUACAGAUGAGGAUCCUCCUCUCCCAGUGACUUCUGUGGGAGUUGGAUCGUGCGAAGAACAUCAAGGAUUGAGCCCGUUUCAUCCUCUCCAUCGCAGACUGAUAUGAUCUGUUAAUGCUUUGAUGGUCUCCCUGCAUCUCCUUCCACUUCCUCAAAAUAAAGUGAAGCAACAGCGAUUCUCCACUUGAGAAGAAUAGUCUCCUCUGAGUUGCUGAAAUCGGGGAACUGUAUCCUUUAUUAGCACUGUACUUUCCAGUGAGCUCUGAAAUGUGAAUAGAAAUACCCAGUAUUGCUGGGUGGGUUUCCAAAUAUAAAAAUAGUGCUGGUAUGUGAAGGGACGGGGUUAAGACAAGCCAUUUAAUCUGCUGAAUAAGAGGACUUGAAAUAAAACUAGCUGCAUACUGCAGAGAAACAUUUUUCCUGCAUAGUACAGUAAGUGUGGUUGAAACACUGUUUUAUAUCAAACGGUUUCAGCUACAUUUUCCUCUCCCUCCUGUUGCUGCUAACUUCCUUUGCUUGGUCCUGCUGAUUUGUCAAGAGAAAACCUCCUUUCCCUGCUCCUGUAACAGCAGAACAGGAUCUCUUCCCAGAUUCCAAGCCUCAUUUGCAGCCCUGAUGGGUGAGAUGUUUGGAGCAGUUUUGUGUAUUGUCCUAAGCGUUUAGAAGCGAACAGCAAAGCAAAGCUUUACCAACCAGCUGAGACUGUAAAGGGUGCCUGCGCAGGCUUAACUAGAGGUCUUGUGUUUUAUAAUCACAGGUCAGUAGUUCUUGCCUGACAUUUCCACUGUCCAGAGUUUGGUUCCCCUGUGGUAAUUGACAGCUUCACUGUGCUGCCUGAAACAGCUGACCCUGUUCUGGGACAAACACAGACUCUUGACGACUGUUUUGCUUUUUCGAUUGUGCCUCUUUAAAGACUCGCAGGUCCCCUGUGAGCUCCUGCUUGUUUUCAGCCUUUCUGGUUUAUCUGGAGGAUUUGAGUAAUAAAAGUCGUCAUUAUCUCUAAGCAAUAUGAACUUUGUCAUAUUAGAAAACAGCCUGGUACCAAACCCUGUGAACAGCUGGAGCAGGGCCUGUUGCGGGGGAGUUCUACGGGCCUGAUAAAGGGUUAGUGGCAUUGUACAAGGGGAGGAUACGUUCCUGCCACAGCUCCGUAAAGAACAAGUUCCAAGCACUGCUCUUGCUUUUCCUUUCCAGGGAGGUAGGCAGGUUUCCCAGUUUGCUUUGUUUCAGGAGGUCAGUACUGUUGCUAGGCCAGCUGAGGCAGAUACACUGGCUAAUUCAGUCGCUUGGUGCUGUUUCUACAUGUUAGGGGCGAAUAACCCUCUAACUCCUGGGCUUUGCCAUUGCUUAAAGAAACAGGGUUGCAAGUGUUGCAGCCUAUUCCCUCCCUGCCCCAAGGGAUGCAGAGUUCCCCCAGCUAACGGCUUGAGUGGGCCUUGGGGCUCAGCACCUCUGAAGUAUAAAAGAGGUCCAGGGUUGAAGUCCUUACUUGGCUUUUCCUCUGGGAAAAAGCCAUGAAUAAUGACCGCAGGGUUCGGUCUCCUGUGUAACUAAAAUAACCCAAGUCCUAGUCCUAGAGUGACCGUAUGCCAAAGACAGGCUCACAGCAGGGCUCUGAGAAAAUGUUACAGCUCCUCUGAAGGGAGGUCUCCUGGGGAAAUAACGAGAGAUGCUGUCAUGUCAAUUUCUCUUUAGAUUCCAAGUGUGCAGCUUCAAAUCUGUAGGUGGUUCCUGUGGUGCCAGGUUGACUAGCAGUUACCACCCUGCUCCAAGCAGGCUCUGCCUCUACUUGCGUCUCUGGGCAGAAACUGUCGAGUAACAGAGCAUUGAGAGCGCUGGGCCAACACAUGUUCAGCUGUGAGGGGAUUGCUACACAAAACCAAAAGCUCGUCUUUCCUGCAUCCGAUAUUCCAAGCCUAGAACAACGCAGGAUGCAGGAGUCGUGCACCUCCCCCCAUGUUUACAAUGCGUGCUGGCCAUAGAGCUGUUGCUGUGAAAUGUCAUGUUCUCAUCACACAACACUAACUCAAUUGCAUGCUCCCUCUCUGUGGCUCGUCUCCAUUUAUUGCCACUUUAACAUGGGGAUUGAGCCCUGUGGGGGAGGAGGGAACUGUUGCUGUGAUUUUUUUAUUUGUAUCAGAUCUGAUGCUUUUUAAUCCUCCACUUCAUUGCCCCUGCCCCUGCCCCCCCCCCCCCAAUCAAAAGCCAUUAGCAGCCAGUUCUAGACACUAGGAGACCCAAGAGCGCAAUGUUCUCGUGCUAUUCGGGAUGGGUGCAGAGUCCAGUGUGAAGUUCCCCUAGCUGUAGGGGAUGAACGGGGGAAAAGUCUGCUGUGUAAAUGCAGUUUCUUUAUUUGGUGUUGAGGAAUGAACCAGUGCCGUCUUUCCGGGGGCUGGGGGGAGCAUUUGGCUAGCCUCUGUUUGCCUGACAUUGUCGGUGCACCCCAGUCCUGUUCAUGUGUUUCGUGUGGGAGUCUGCUAUGCAUGCAGUAAUUGGUGGUCAUCCUUUCUUUCCCUGUGCCAACAUCCCGUGGGGUGAAGCUGUGCUGGGUUGGCGGGAGGGCAAAGGGCUGACUAAGAGAUGUACUUGCCUGUAUUUAUGGACCUUGUCAGUGUUUUGCUGUGUUUUUUGUUUUGUUUUUUUUUAAUUAAAGAUCCAAUUUAAAAAAACCCUCUGUCCAAAUCA